AUGAUCAACGCGGAUGCAUUAAGCCGGUUACCCCAAUCUCUUGAUCAGGAGCUGCAGGACGACGACGAUGCGGCCGAGUACGUCCUCGUCGUGGACCAGUGGGAUGAGCCGGCGGUGCCCAUGAAAGAGCUUCAAGCCCUCACGCAGUCAGACGGCGUACUGUCAAGUGUGUGCAGAUACGUCAUCAAAGGUUGGCCCCAACGCACUGCGGAGGAAGGCACAGAGAUGCGGGAAUAUCACAAAAGGCGGAACGAGCUGUCCGUGCAGCAUAACUUGCUUCACUGGGGUCAUCGUGUUGUGGUUCCGGCGGAAGCCAGGAAGAAGCUACUGAAGUUAUUACAUGGAGCUCAUCAAGGAGUUUCUGCAAUGAAGGCAGUUGCACGGUCAAACUUUUGGUGGCCGGGCUUGGACCACGAUAUUGAGCACGUAGCCGCUGUGUGUCAGCACUGCGCACAGGCGUUGCCCAUGCCACCCGCGCAAGCACCUAUUCGCUGGCCAGAGACACAGGAAAGAUGGUCGCGAUUGCAUGUCGACUUCGCGGGUCCGAUCCAGAACAAGAUGCUUCUUGUCGUCGUGGACUCUCACAGUAAAUGGAUUGAGGCCAUUCCCCUGGCUCACGCGACCUCGCGCAACACAGUCGAUGCCCUGCGAACGCUGUUCAGUAGAUUCGGUCUGCCACACACAGUAGUGUCUGAUAAUGGCACGCCAUUCACUGGAUGGAAGUUCAAGAAGUUCUUGCAAAAGAACGGGGUAGUUCACGUGCGGGCACCCCCCUACCAUCCACAGAGUAAUGGACUCGCCGAACGUGCGGUGCGAACCAUCAAAGACGGACUAAGGAAGUGUGGGGACGCAGACUUGUCAAGGGCGCUAGCUAGAACACUGUGCCGCUAUAGAAACACGCCGCUUCCGUCCGGGAGCUCACCAUCAGAAAUGUUGUUAGGUUACCAGCUCCGCACCCGAUUAGACAUGUGUUUUCCUCUCAGGAGCCGAGCAACAGGGGUUGUCCACUCUGCUGACAGCGCCGAGUGGAACUUCGCACCGGGAGAUCCUGUGUACCUUCGCAAUUACGGCCGUGGUGACAAGUGGACACCUGGGAAGGUCCGGUCAACCUCUGGUGCACACAUCGUGUCUGUCGACACGGAGAACGGGCUUGUUCACCGGCACAUGGACCAGCUCAGGCGGAGAAGCAUCGAAGAACCGCCGAGUCCAGAGGCUCUCACUAGCCCCCAGAUAAGCCCGGACCCUCCAGUACAAGACUGCGAAGCUCCAGCGGUUACUGGUCCCGGUCUUCCGGGCCACCCGCCCCCAGAGCUAAGACGUUCCACACGUAUCAAGAAGCCAGUGGAGCGUUAUGGAUUCUAA